UGUCGAGCAUGACAGGAGUUAACCGGUUAAAUUAGCCCAUAUGCUAGCGAAGAUACACAUGUAAACGUUUCGCUUGUUAGUUAUAGAUUAAUUCACAAUUUGGCCUUGGGAAUAACGUUAACGUUACAGAUUUUUACCCGACAUAUUCAACCGUAAAACACGCUGUAAUUCGCCAACAUUCAUUCAGUGGCCUGCUUUCAUAAGCUUAUUCACGCAGUCGCAGUCAUGUGACAAGAGCUCUCGUGAAGUUAUAACCUAAUAGAACAUACUAACUCCAAAUUAUAUUAUUUAUAACACUGACUUAGGGAGUUUAUACGGUUUUCUGAGUAAUAACUAUCAAAUAUUUGUUUCUGCGUGUGUAGUUGUAAGCCGACGUCCUUGUAAUAUACCUAAUAUUUCCUGCAUUUUUGCUCGGGAGGACCCGUAGCAACCCUGUAGCUUUUCGGAGAAGGACAAUCUCUGCUCUCGGCCUAAAUCUUCAGGCUGACAUAUUCUAGAAACACUUUAGUCUAGUAUCCUAGAGGGUCUUUUAGUGUUGUUUGUGUUACAGGCUCAGGAAGCUUAACCGCUGUUUUUGAUAGUUUAUGUGGAGGAUGAGGGUUAGGAAGCAGGUGGUGGUUCCCAAUGGCGCCCCCGUGGCCAUGUGAAAUGAGCAGGUCACCGCUAAAGGAGCUGGUCUGAACCCUAAUGCCAAGGUGUGGCAGGAGAUCCCUGCAACACAAAGUGAAGCUCCUGUGGAUGGCACCGUCGCCUCCCCCUGGUCCCAGAACAAUACGGCUGAAGGUAAACCGUACACGCCUGGCUUCUUCACUCCUGAGGACAACUGCCCCUCUGGUACUGUAGUUGGUGUGGUGAACGGUAUGGACCCCCCUGACCAAAGCUUCCCGGUUUCUGAGCACACUACAGCAACUAAUGUGGAGUCCAAGCUCCCUGAGGAACAGCCUGUCUCUGAAGAGACUUUGCGUGAGUCUCUUAAAAAAGAAUUGGAGUUCUGUUUCUCCAGGGAGAACUUAUCUAAAGAUCUAUAUUUAAUAUCUCAAAUGGACAGUGACCAGUUUGUCCCUAUUUGGACUAUUGCUAGCAUGGAAGGAAUCAAGGUCCUAACAACCAAUACGGAUCUCAUCUUGGAUGUCCUCAGAUCAUCUCCUAUGGUCCAAGUUGACGAAAAAGGUGAAAAAGUGCGGCCAAAUCACAAGCGAUGCAUCAUCAUUCUGCGAGAAGUCCCUGAAACAACACCUGUUGAGGAAGUGGAAACCUUGUUCAAGAAUGACAACUGUCCCAAGGUAAUAAGUGUGGAGUUUGCACACAACAACAACUGGUACAUUACAUUCCAAUCGGAUACAGACGCUCAACAGGCAUACAAAUAUUUAAGGGAAGAAGUGAAGACAUUUCAGGGAAAACCAAUCAUGGCCAGAAUAAAAGCCAUCAACACUUUCUUUGCGAAGAAUGGUUACCGCAGUCUGGACUGCAGUGUAUAUCCUCAGCAAUCUCACACUCAGUCCCAGUACAGCUCCCCUCUCUUCAUGCAGCCCGUUUACAGCCCCCAGCAGCAGUACCCACUCUAUGGCAUAGUACCUCCUACCUGGACGGCUUCUCCUACUCCAUACUUUGAGACUCCCCUUGCACCUUUUCCCAACAGUGGUUUCGUCAAUGGAUUUAGCUCAGCUGGACACUACAAAACUGGCUCAAAUUCUCUCAACCUUAACCGUCCCUUUAGCAGGAACCGUGUUCCACUCUAUUCAAGAAAGAAUGUAAUAAAUGCUUUCAGGAAUCAUGUGAAGCCUCAGACGAGAGCUAAUGAUGGUCUUUCUUCCACUGUGUCCCCGGUGGCUCUUGUGGAUGGACUGUCUGGUUUGCACAGUCCUCAGCCUCCCUCCAGCACCGGGCCAGUGCUGUCAUCCACUGAACUCAACUCAUCUUUCCCACGCCUAGGUUCCAAUGAUCCGAAUGAUGAUGGUACCAUGGUGGGACAUGGAAGGAGAACGACGUACAGAGGCACUCGAAGGCGGCGGGAGGAUGAUCGCACAACAAGACCAGUUCCCCUGUCUCAAGUCAGGGUACCACCCCCCAAGUUUGACCUGGCUGCCUCCAACUUCCCUCCGCUGCCGGGCUGCUCUGCCAGUCCACCCGGGGAGCCUGUGCUGGAGAACCGCCUUUCUGAUGUUGUACGGGGCCUGAAUAGGGAAAAGCAACAGGAUUCAAACAAAGAGCCUGCUGUGAGUCCCGCAGCCCCAGCCUCAGAGGAGACCGUCUCCAGGCCCACCCAGCCUGUAGCCAAGAUGACUGCUCACAUCCCUGAUCCUGUGACCUCCAGCUCCAACCACCUGGAGAAAAAACCGGAGAAGGUGGAGCCUCCGGUCUAUAAAGAGACGUCUGUGACCUCUGCCUCUGUCACAGCCGUGCCACCCAACCCUGUCCCAACAGCAUCUGGUCCAAAGCCUCAGGCCACCUCGGCCACGCCUGCAGCCCCCCAAUCUAACACUGCCCCCUCCAGUACCCCCGCGCUGGAACCUCGUAAACUCAGUUACGCCGAAGUAUGCCAGCGACCACCUAAGGAUCCCCCUCCUCCAGCAUCCACUUCCAGCCUCAGCAAUGCCAGCACGCAGCCUCUGAGAGAGCUGCGCGUCAACAAGGAGGAGGAGCAGCCCUCCAGCCCUGCAAACAAACAGGAGCGCCCUCAGGAAUCAGGGGGAAACUGCAAGGCCAGGGAGGGCCGACCGGCCCGUGACUCCCAGGGCUUUUCUCGCAGCAAUGGACCCCCCAGAACCAAUACAGGGGGGUUCAAGCUACGGGAGCAGCAGAGACGCCCUCCUUUCGGCCAUCGCAGUUCCCCCCAGGGAGGUUCCAGACACACUGGAAAAGAGCAGAACAUCCCCCCCAUAUCGCCAAAGUAAAGACUCUAAACAGAAUCCUUAAUGUAUGAAUAUUUACACACGCAUAUAUAAGAAGAAUAUGUAAAUAUAUAAAUAAAUAUAAGCACAUAUAUAUAUAUAUAUAUAUAUAUAUAUAUAUAUAUAUAUAUAUAAAAAU